AUGUACCAUUACUCCAGUCCACCACACGGGUGGUCAACCUACGACUACACACAAUCGCCUCCUACCUCACCUCAAUACGCCUACUACGCCUCUCAGUUCGCCAACUCCUACACCUCACCUCGGGGCACCUCGCGACGACACAACCGCAAGGCCAGUUACACGGCUACCAAAGAAACGCCAUGCUACUCGGGCUACCCCCACGGCUUCUACGAAGCAACCCCAGACUAUGGCAUUCCAUCGCGAAAGCACGAUCAUGUAAGUGCUUCUUUUGCGGGAAAGCCCAAACACCACCGAUACCAUUCCACGACCGGUCAUCCUACGGGGGAUGGCCUCGGCUAUGGAUACCAGCCGUCGAAGCCGCAGACCCGACCCAUCUUCGUGGAUGUGGUCGACGAAGCAUUCGAUGUCCCGCGCACCACCACCCGCGAGCCCCGUCCCAGUCGCCCAGGCCGUCCCCCGGUUUCGAAGCCCGCUCGAGAAGGCUCCGGCCAGCAUCGUCGCACCACCUCGACCUUUUACCGCAAACCACAGCCAGCUGAUUCUCACUUUUACUUCACCCAGGCUCCUAACUCCGAGGACAUCGACGCGGCCAGACGCUCCCGCUCCAGACGUCAGUCGACUUCAACUCGCACUCCCAACAAACCCAAACCCCCUCCUGCCACAGCCAAACCGCCACCCAUCGCCACCGAAGAUGACGCCGAGCGCGCAGGGAUUCCCGCAGGUUACUCGAUCAAGAACUGGGACCCCACGGAGGCACCCAUCAUCCUCCUCGGCAGUGUAUUCGACGCCAACUCCCUCGGCAAGUGGAUCUACGACUGGACCGUCUUUCAUCACGGGGCCUCAACGCCCAUGGCCGACGUCGCGGGCGACUUGUGGCUAUUGUUGAUUAAGCUGGCGGGCAAAGUAAAGCGGGCCGACGAAUGUCUCCCUCGCAUUCAGCGCGUGGAGGCGCAGGAAGUCGUCGAGGAUUUCCUGGAAAGUGGCGAGCGUCUCUGGUCCCGAUUCAAGAAGCUCCUCAAGAACUGCGAACUUUACAUGUGGAAGGCCGCCAAGCGAGAAGGUGGCAAGGGACCUGUAUCGAUGGGUCGCAAUGCCGGUAUCGAAUUUGUCGAAUCGAUUUUCGGUCGCGACCGUGAGCUUGAAAGUACCGAGAAGCUCAUGAACAGUAUCCGUCUCUGGAACAUGCGCUUUGACGCCAACUGCGAAGAUAUCCUGCGUCGCCCGACGGCUGCAUAG